AUGCCACAAGCCCCUCAUGCCAAACUCAAAAGUUUAUCUGUAAGCAUGAAGAAAUUACCUGUAAGCUGCCAUUAUUUUGGCUCAAGGGGCAAUUUCUUCCAUUUUGCCCUUUACGGCAGUCAGGCCCGUAGUAGCUGCCGGAAGAAAAAAAGCCCUAUAGGAAGAUUAAGUUCAUUCAGUGCAGCGCUUGUAACAACAACGACUGGUGUUUUGUUAUUCCAGGCUGGCCUAGUGAAGAAAAGAUCAAUCCUGCCUUCUGGACUUGUUGCAAUCGAUGCAAAUGGCACCGUGAGAGUGUUUUUUGGUUCAAGGUGA